GUUUGUUUGAACAUCAACGGCAUUCGGCACGACGCCAACACCACGAAAACAUCUAUAGUUCGGUUGGAUCGCGUCAGGACGGGAAACAAAAUAAAAAUUCAUAAACACUAUUGUCAUCAUCAAACAUGGUGAUAUCGAAGCGGAUAGGUGCUAGUGCUCUAGUGUUAAUGACCUGCCUUUGCUUCACAGCUCAGUGUUUGGAAAUAUUGAAAACCUACACGACUUACCGGACGAAACUCGUAUUCCUAUCGACCAUGCUGAAACAAGAGUCCUUGUGGAAGUAUGUGUUCAAACAAAGCGUUUAUUAUGAAUUUGAUAAGAAUUUUUACCGGGAAAUCAUUGAAAAGGACAUAAUGAAGGGUGCUAUCGAAACUGAAAUUAUAAGGAGAACCAUUCCUAUCGAGGAAAAUGACGGCGCUGAGAAUGUACUGGUGCAUGAGGUACUACCGGUGGACCCGAUCAAACCUAAAUACAUUCUCAGAAAUUUGUUCAUUAAAUGGUACCGGGUGGGCACCCUAUUAAGUUCUGUUUUCCAGAUAAUGCAAUUAUCGUUCAAAUGUUUAGCGUACAAGCACUUUUCGAUACUGCUAACAUUGAUCCGGGUAGAGAUCAGUCGCAGUAAUCCACAGAAUAGAGCGGCACAUUGGUCAUUAAAAGUCAAGGCGAUCGUGGCUGACAUCAUGAUGAAAAUGGCCGCGUUGCAGUUAUCGGACGGUGUGUUUCUGAGGAUGGCCAAGUUUUUCAACAUUUACGAUAAGGGCUUGGAUAAGAUAAUCGAGCUUAAGUUCAGCUACAUUCAAAACCUAGAUGAUUUGAUCACUGUCAUGAUGAAGUUCAUCUGUAGGCAUUGUCACAGGUUUAUCCAUACGGAUGCAGAUAUCAAGAUAUCCGGAAUGACGGAAAUAGCGAAGGAACUCGACGUGGUUUUACACCCUGGCCUGUUCAAUCCGUCCGAGUCCAAACAUAUAGACGAAGCGACAUUCAAAGAAAUGUUUAACAGCAGCAUGAAUAGGAUUACGGAGCAAUUUGCCGGCCUGCCGUCCACCAUCGGCAUGACCAAAUUUCACUGGAAUAGUUUCCUGCACUUUGACAAAAACAUCGACAUUGACGGAGAUGACGAUGCCUAUUACAGUAAAAUUAAAUCUUAAUUUUUAUUUUAGCUCGCAUGCGUAUGAUAAUAACAGCAGUCUAUUAUACGUACACUUAUUGAUCGCACGCUACUGUAUGCAAUAUUGGGUAUCUAUUAUUAUGUCAAAUAUGUACAAAUAUAUAAAAAAGUAAUAAUAAGUGUUUUCAUAUUAUCGUGAAAAAUCUUUAUUUUGUACAGGAGUGCAUAAUAUAAUAUUUUAUGAUUAUUUUCACUACGUGUAUUUAAAACUGUAUUAAUUAUUCAUAAUUAAAACAACAAAGUAUUUGAUGC